UCUCGACUGGGAUGGUCGGGCUGGGUGUCUAUUAGUCAUAAUAAUUCUACGUAGGGCGCAAAGGAAUUAUACAAUGUCGUAAACUAUAGAGAGCAUGUGUAGGAGUGAAGGAUGUAUUUGGGACGCAGCCGAUGUCUGUAUUAAAUGUUAAUAAAGGUGUAUGUUCUAUAGAUUUGUAGCGUCACUUAUCACUCCGUGCCCGGAAAUUACUGAUUACCUCAAGUUGAUAAAGAGCCUUGUUUGUUUGUCUGUUUGUAAAGCAAAAAUGUAAAAGCAGACAUUAUUAUAAGGCAUCUAGCUUGUGAUGGUUCUUUUUUAUUCCUUUCUGACGUGGCGAGUGUUAUGGGAAAGCGUCUCUCUGACAGCUGACUAAACGUGAGAUGUGCAAUGAACGCUAUCCAUAAAGGAGGCGAAACCCAGCCGUUGGCCAUGAACAGCGAACUCAAUGUUCCCAUGGCUCCGUCCACAACCGGGAUGUCCGAUCGGCUCCAGGACGGUGGAGGGAUGGAUUAUCGGGACUGGGUCCGGCGUAGCUAUCUGGAGCUGGUGACCUCCAACCAUCACUCUGUGCAGGCACUCUCCUGGAGGAAGCUCUACCUGAGUAGGGCCAAGCUCAAAGCGUCAAGCCGCACGUCCGCCUUGCUGUCCGGCUUCGCCAUGGUAGCCAUGGUGGAAGUGCAGUUGGAGGUGCAGUACAACUACCCGCGUGCUCUGCUUGUGGGCUUCAGCGUGUGCACUACAGUGCUGGUGGCUGUUCACCUGUUUGCGCUGCUCAUCAGCACGUGCAUCCUGCCCAACGUGGAGGCAGUCAGCAACAUCCACAACCUGAACUCAGUGUGCGAGUCACCGCACGAGCGCAUGCACCACUACAUCGAGUUGGCCUGGGGCUUCUCGACGGCCCUCGGCAUCUUGCUUUUCCUCGCCGAAGUUGUGCUGCUGUGCUGGAUCAAGUUCCUGCCUGUGGACUCUGGGACGAUUUCUAAACCAGGGGCGGAGGGACCACCUGUGUCGACAGUGCCUGUCCCUGAGCCGGGCCACAGCGGGUGGCAGGCUGCUCUCGCUUCUACUAUCAUCAUGGUGCCUGUGGGGCUCAUCUUCGUCAUAUUCACUGUGCACUUCUAUCGCUCGCUGGUGCGCCACAAGACCAAGCGCCAUGACCAGGAGAUCGAAGAGCUGCACAAGAUCAAGGUGCAGCUGGAUGGCCACGAGCGUGGCCUACAAGCCGUCUGAUCUUCAGUAUCUUCAGGGAUUUUUUUUUUUGCUUCUUAGUGGUCACCCUAUCUUAACGCCUAUAUGCACCUUUGCUAGUUGUCAAUUUUUUUCCCUGCAUUUUUCUUUUUUUAAAAACAAACGCAACAAAUCGUAUGUGGCCUGUUUACAGAAUUGCACCAAGGGCUUUUUUUCUGCUUGAUUUUUCUAAUGAGUUUCUGUCAGAUUCUGUUGCCAUGCUUCAAAACCCAAAUGACGCGCAAUAGGAGCAGUACCAUCUAUAAUUUACUCUUCACUUCCCCUUUUUGCUAGCUAUGUGGUGUUUUAUACAGGGGUGGACAUGUCAUACUAACAUAAUGCUAAAUUACGAGAUGUGAAUGAUUUAAAUCAUGUAUCACAAUAUGUUUAAAACCAAUAUAAGCUAAAGGUCACCGAAAACAAUGAACGUGAAAUGUCCUAGCACCGAGCUACUGAUUUGUCCACCCCUGUUUGUUAGAGGUCUGUCACAACCGAUCCCAGAUCAAGUAUGUGAUACAAAGAACACAGGAGUUCCCGUUACAGUGAGCAGUAAAGCUGUGUAGGCUCACAGCCGAAGUGCAUCAGAUAUGCAACAAUGUGUGUGGUUCUUGUUUUGCGAACAAUGUAGUGUUACGUCUAUAACGUUUUUUGUUUCGCUUUUUUAACACAGAGGCGUCUUCACCCUUUACAUUGUGUCAAAGUUCAGCAGUCCCAUGUUGGUCUUUUAAAUAACUUUAUAGAAUCAUUUCAUAACAACUGAUAUGCUUAGUCUUAAUCUCUUAACCGUUACAAAAAAUAGUGCACAUUUCAGUAUUUCUAAAGCAGUCUGUUUGAAGCACAAAGCAGAAUCUUAAUGUAGUGUGGUUUUCAAAUGUGAGAGAGAGAGAGACACAGUGUUUGUGUCAGUUUGCAUUACAAGUGGUUUACAUUAGAAAAAUGUUUGUGCCCAGCGUCUUAUACUGACUGAACAGUCCCAUGUCCCAACUGCUGCUACUUAUCACUUCAGAGACGCGACUGGGCCCGGCGACACCAAGCUCAUCUUCAUCCCCUACGCUCAAGAUGCUUUCUCUGAACUUUUACUUAACAGAAAGACACGAGGACAACAUUCCAAAGUGUUUUUUGACCAACAACUGCCUGCCUUAUCUCAAAAACGAGACGUAGAAAGUGCACUUGUAGUGUAACGGACGACGAGUAGAUGUGUCGUGUUUCCCAAACCAACGAUUACGAUACGAUACGAUACGAUACGUGUCACAACAGAAAUAUGUGCGUCCUUCACUUGUCGGGAUUGUAACUGUAGGGUGUUUAUCAAUGCACAAACUAACAUUUAUGUACUCUAUCCAUUGAUAUUAAAACUGUACAUAUCACUUGAUGUCCACUUAGUGCCAAAGGCCCUGAAGAGGAAACAUUGACCAAAAUUAAAAAAAAGCAGUAAACAUCACUAAAAAUCUUCACGUGAUUUUAGACGUCCUUGUCAAAGUGGACACGUCUUCUUCUCAUGCACAAUCUAUAACGAAUGUCUUGUCACGUUGCAUGUCUGUUUUACAUUCAGUCAAAAAAACCUGUAUGUUAAUUUAUGUCGAAUAAACACCUUAUUUUGUUUACUUUCUA